AUGACUAGAAUUUUGGUCAGGAUUUUCACUCACUUGUUGGAGUGUCCUAUACUUGGAACCUUGUUGUACAUAUUGAAGGGGAACAAUCUUAUUCACCAGCUUAUUUCAAAUGCAGAGUUAGGAGAGCCACCACUCUUUUUGUUCUCUUGCAUCCUUUUGAAGCCACUCAUUCCAUGGUUUCCUGAUUCAGAUGCCUCAACUGCAUCAGUCAACUCCAAAUUUAGUACUAGUUCAUUACUUCCAGCUACAUCUGCUCUAGACAUGGGAUCUUUUAAAUCCUAUAACUGGCAACUACUCAGGAAGAGAAGCAUGACCAAAUUUGUAGAGAAAAUCACCACCACUGCAGCCAUCACCAUCAUUAUUAAUAAAGAAGUCAACUAUCUAGGGCAGCUUCACCAUGAAAAUCUGGUGAAACUUAUUGGUUAUUGCUUGAAAGGUAAAAACAGGCUUCUAGUUUAUGAGUUCAUGCCAAAUGGAAGCUUGUAUGAUCACUUGUACACAAACAUGUUCAUGAUGUUGAUUUACAAGCUGAUCCAGCAACAAUCUUGGCCUUCAAAAUUAAAAACCAAUGGUCAACACACUAACAUCUCAAAUUGA